CUUUCACCUCUUCUCCCUUCCUCCUGCACUUCUUCAUCGACAGCCUGCAACCUCUCAGCUCGUCAUAGAAUCUCUGAAGAGCCACAGGACGUCUAACCAGCAACAUGCCAUCCUCAAAAGGCAAGCCUACCGACCCCAAGCUCAGGGAAAACCUGAAAGACAAGAUCAAGAAUGAAGGCAACAAGGAUGGAUCAGGUAAAGGUCAAUGGUCCGCAUGGAAGGCCGCCAAGUUAGGCAAAGAGUACGAAGCAAAGGGAGGAGAUUACGAGAACGAGGCUGGAUCGAAGAACGAGCCUAAGAAAGGGACUCCAGAGCCCAAGACAGAGUCCAAAAAGGCCAAAGAGACCAAAUCGACAAAGAGCAAAGAUGAACCAAAAGAGGAGGCCAAGGAGACCAAAUCGACAAAAGCAAAGGAGACCAAGGCGAAAUCUACCUCUACCAAGGAGACCAAAUCGACAGCCAAGUCCGGAUCCAAAGCUACUACAGACAGCAAGAGCAAGAGCUCUGCUUCCGCUACCAAGAAGGCUGCUCCCAAGGCUACCAAGUCGGCGGGCAAGAGGACUUCUGGAGCUACGGAGAAGAAGACUGCUGCGGCUGAAAAAUCCAAGGACGCUGCCGCCAAAAAGUCGAGUGCAAAGUCAAAGAAGACGGCGUCAAAGUGAUGGAGAGGAUGGACGUACAGGCGAACUGAGAAGGAUUGUUGUAUAUAUGGAGGAAAGCAAACCUUCGUGGUUAUCCGAAUGGCAUCGAGGUCUAUGGGUCCACGAUCGAUGGGACAGGUGUGCGCAAACCGUCCAUGAAUCUAAC